AUGGAGGAAAGCUUCGACUUGGGAAGACUGUUGAGGAACCACCAGAAAGUACACAAAAGCAAACCUUCGCAGUUCGGAAGCGUAGCAGGCGGGGUGAAAAAGAGAUUUGAGAAUAAUCUAAAACACCGUAAGAGCAAUCGUCUCUCAUGCUUCGAUAAUGUUAGAGACUUAUCAAGAGGUGAAAGCCCAGUUCCCCCUCCCAAGGUCCAGUCAAAAGAAGAACACAGAAGGCAGCAGUUAGAAAAAUGGAAAGAGCAAAAAGAAAAGCAGAAGAAGGAAGCGGCUGCACAAAAGAAAAAACCAUUUGUUGCAGGCGUACCUCACGCUCCACUGAAGUUCAUACCUCCACCGCCUAUUCAGAAACCAAAGCCCAGCACAUCAGGCAGAGUGACACGAUCUCAAAGUGCAAAAUUUGAUACCAAAUCUAGAGAAUCUAAAGCUUCAAACUCGAGUCAAUCUUCAUCAAAGUCUUUUGCUCCAAAAAAUGCUUCUUUUCGACCCCCAGAGAUUAAAAAUGUGACAACCUUACCAAAGUUAGCUCCAAUAAAAACUAAAAAAGAUAAAAAGCACAAUAUUACAUUUGAUCCAAUUAUGCCCAAUGUACAAAAAGAAAAUAAACAAAGUCGAACUAAGGCUUUAAGACAUGGAGCUGUAGAUACUCUACCUGCACCAAAGCAGGCUGAAAGAAAAACCAAAGCAAAAGGAAACAAAUCAAGUCCAAAAAAAAAUAAACUAGUAAAAGCUACUCUACAGAGUAUUUCAUCUAGUGAAAAGGAACAAAGUGACAAUGUUUCUCCAAUUCUAAAGAUUCGGAGCUCAAGGAAGUCAAUGGCAGCCCCGAAGUCAGCUACCGUUGUAACUAAAACACCUAGAAAAUCAAUGCAAAUAGAACCUCAACCGUUUACUCCUAAAAAUCCAGUACCAAAAAGUGAAUCAAGCUCGGAAGAGAGGUUACGGUCACCAAAAUCAGAGAAUGCAGGAAUGACUCCGGAACAAAUUGCAGAAGAGGCUAAGAAUAUAAGUCCUUGUGUGACUAUAUCUAGAGGAAAAGAUAAUGCUAGAAAAGAAAUGAAGAAGAAACUUAAUGAAGGUUUAUUAGACGAGGAUGCGAGCGAUAUGGGCAGCGUGGACCACUUUAGGAAGCAAUUGGCAUCGGAAAUCAAACGCAUGACGGAGAUGUGCGAGACUUGGGAGAAGAUAUCUCAGCAGAAUAUCCUGCCUGAGACUGUCCAGGAGGCGGCGCUGUCGGCGGUGGGGCAGGCGCGGCUGCUGAUGUCUCAGAAGCUGCAACAGUUCGCGGCGCUGGUGGAGGCGUGCGCGCGCCCCGAGCCCGGCCGCGCGCUCGUCACGCCCGCAGACCUGCACGGCUUCUGGGACAUGGUCUUUAUGCAGAUUGAAAACGUAGACAUACGCUUUAAUAAUUUGGAGGAACUGCGCGCCCGUGGCUGGGUGGAGGUAGUAGAACCCGUCGCAAUAAAAAAGAAAGUGGUUAAGAAUCCUGUGAAGAAAGUGACGAAACCUUCAAGGGCACCUAGCCAGUUAAGAGAUAUUAUUGCAGCUGCUAGGAAAGCCAAGAAAGAACAGCAAGAUGAUACUUUAGCACUCCCAUCUCAGGGUGCUGGCGACAGCAAGACAUUCGACGCAGGAUUCUUUAGUGUGCGAUCGCCUGUCAAAUCUCCAGCUGCGAACUCCCCUGGACAGGGAACUCCGGGAAGCAAGAACUCUCUACUAAAAGCUGUGUUAUCUAACGAAGCCAAGAAGUCUGCCACUAAAAACUCCGCGUCGUUCGCUAUGUUACGUGCGUCAGUACUGAGCAAGAAUAUGGACUAUGAAGGAAUAGCUCCCAUACCGCAAACGCCAUUGACUCCGAUCAACAUAUACGCCACACCCGGUCGCAGCAUACUCAAGCCGUCAAACACUGACAUAAAAUCCACCAGGAAGUCCAUCAAAGUGGUUCUUUUUGAUCACUCUGAUGCUGAGUCACACGACACUUCGUACCGGACUCCAGAGAGUGAGCUUAAUGACAUUGUGCCUGACGAACACCCUGAUAGCGGCAUCUCCUCCAUGGAUAUGGAGAAAGUGGAGAAUAAAGAAAAUUCUAGAAGGAAGUCUAAACUCGUGAGGCAAGAUGCGGAAGAUAGGAGUCCAGUGCUAACGAGAAGUAGAAGAAAGAGCAAUCAGGAUGACGUUGUCACUCCUCGAAGGUCUUUGAGAAAGAAAGUGUUGCAGGAAUCCGAGGAGAAUGUGGAAGAGAAAAUACCUCAACGAUCUUCGAGGAGAAGAAAGAGUCAAACGGCCAACUGA